CAGAUUUUCAGACGGUCAACCAGAUCUACCGAAUCAGCGGCGACGUCCAAGAAGAUCAAGAUGCAGCAGUGGAAUGGUGUGGUCAAUAUUACCCUUGUGGAGGGCUCCAACCUGGUGGCCAUGGAUGACAAUGGACUAAGUGACCCGUACGUCAAGUUUAGGCUCGGCCCUGAGAAAUACAGGAGUAAGGUAAGAUGACCACUACAUCUGUAUUUCUACAUCAUCUUUACUUCUGCAUCAUCUUUAUUUCUUCUUUUCCCACGAUGAAUCUAAAGUUAAACAAUUUUCUUAUAACGAAAAAACUCGACUGUUUCAAUAAUAAGUGUUCCAAUAGUAUAAGAUGGUCUGGGCAGCUCUGCAAGUCAAGUUUUGGAACGAAAAAUGCUGCCAGUGAAUUUGUAGUGAACAGAUAACAGAAUGGGACACCUGCCAACUUAAAGUUAUACAUUUGAAACCUGACGCUGCUUACCGGAAAGUCGAUACCAGAUUUUUUUUAACACUACCCAGACAGUUUCGACCAAUCCCAACAGUUUCGAUCCACUCCGACUGUCCAGAUCAACCCCAACAGUUGAGACCAAUCGUUUUGGUAGUGUUGCUCAGACUGUGUACAUUGUUCCUGUACAUUAGCACGCACAGGUACACACAAAUGGUGAAGCUGUAUGUUCAGACUGACCGAACUGCCAUUACUUCCCAAUCAUGGGUUGAAAGACCCGACCCCGUAAGACAUAGGCCGUAAUCUGUCUAGGUUUUUCGCCCGUUUCGGUUGGCUGUGAAUACCUGAGUUGAGUCCCUUCUCAAGACACACGGCGGUCGGUGGCCAUAGUUGAGUCCCUUCUCAAGACACACUGCGGUCGGUGGCCAUAGUUGAGUCCCUUCUCAAGACACACGGCGGUCGGUGGCCAUAGUUGAGUCCCUUCUCAAGACACACUGCGGUCGUUGGCCAUAGUCGAGUCCCUUCUCAAGACACACUGCGGUCGGUGGCCAUAGUCGAGUCCCUUCUCAAGACACACUGCGGUCGGUGGCCAUAGUCGAGUCCCAUCUCAAGACACACUGCGGUCGUUGGCCAUAGUCGAGUCCCUUCUCAAGACACACUGUGGUCGGUGGCCAUAGUCGAGUCCCUUCUCAAGACACACUGCAAUCGGUGGCCAUAGUCGAGUCCCUUCUCAAGACACUGCGGUCGGUCCAUAGUCGAGUCCCCUCUCAAGACACACUGCGGUCGUUGGCUAUAGUCGAGUCCCUUCUCAAGACACACUGUGGUCGGUGGCCAUAGUCGAGUCCCUUCUCAAGACACACUGCAAUCGGUGGCCAUAGUCGAGUCCCUUCUCAAGACACUGCGGUCGGUGGCCAUAAUCGAGUCCCUUAUCAAGACACACUGCGGUCGGUGGCCAUAGUUGAGUCUCUUCUCAAGACACACUGCGGUCGCUGGCCAUAGUUGAGUCCCUUCUCAAGACACACUGCGGUCGGUGGCCACGCCUUGUUUAUAAGUGACGGCGUUGGUCAAUGCUUUACGUCGUGGCUGGUCAGUUUAUUGCCGCGGUAUUCAAUGUGAUGUAAUAUAGGACAAGUCACAUUGACAAGUCUAGCUUUAAAUGUAAGUGAUCUGUCCACGCAGACACAUUGACAAGUCUAGCUAUAGAUGAAAGUGUUCUGUCUACCAGUCCCUGUGAUAAGUCUAGCUAUAGAUGAAAGAUUUACGUCCACCAGUCCCUGUGACAAGUCUAGCUAUAGAGGAAAGAUGUACGUCCACCAGUCCCUGUGACAAGUCUAGCUAUAGAUGAAAGAUUUACGUCCACCAGUCCCUGUGACAAGUCUAGCUAUAGAUGAAAGAUUUACGUCCACCAGUCCCUGUGACAAGUCUAGCUAUAGAUGAAAGAUUUACGUCCACCAGUCGCUGUGACAAGUCUAGCUAUAGUUGAAAGUGUUCUGUCCACCAGUCACAGCUAUAAAUAAAAGAAUUAUGUCCACCCAACCAUUGACUCACGAGUAACUAAUAUUCGAAGCUAAUAUCUUAAGCCGAUUCAUCUGAUGGAAAGGGGUGGGCGUAGCGUGUGUCCCAUGUUUAACUUUAGGAUAUUUGGGGAUAAAGAGGACUGUCCAGACGGUUAAUGUUUGUGAAACCACUUACUGAAGUUUACUCCUUAAAAAUGUUACCGUUUAUAACGUUCUGUCUUUUUUAAAAAGUAUUUAAAAAUAAAAUGUGUCCUUUUACCUUUAUCCCACGAUGAGAGAUUGUUACAUCUAAAUUUAAACAAUUUUCUUAAUAACAAAAAAUCUCGACUCUGCUCCAAUAUAAAACUCUAAAAAAGAUGAAGAAAAAUGAGUUUCAACAUUAACAGGGCGAGUGCGUUUUCUUUUGUUAAGGGUGAUUUUAAAGCUUAAAUUAAAAAUUACAUUUAUUUUUUUCAGUACACUAUUUACAAUGUUGUCAGCCUUGAUAAAAUGAAGGAAGUUAGUAACUUAAAAUUCUUUUACUUUCCAAAGUUUAAAAGUAAGACACUGAAUCCUCGGUGGCUGGAAAAUUUCGACCUCAGACUUUUUGAUGACCAGAGUUCGCAGUUGGAAAUAACCGUCUAUGAUCACGACACAAGGGGAAAAGAUGAUUUUAUGGGAAGGUGAGUGGGGGGGGGGGGGGAAAUGAUUUUUUGGGGAGGGGAUUAAAAAAAAAAUGAUUUUAUGGGCAGGUGAUUGAAAAAAAAAUGAUUUUAUGGGCAGGUGAUUGAAAAAAAAAUGAUUUUAUGGGCAGGUGAUUGAAAAAAAAAUGAUUUUAUGGGCAGGUUAGUGAAAAAAAUAUGAUUUUAUGGUCAGGUGAUUGAAAAAAAUAUGAUUUUAUUAUCAGAUUAUUGAAAAAAAUAUGAUUUAAUGAUCAGGUGAGUGAAAAAAAUAUGAUUUUAUGGGCAGAUGAGUGAAUUUUUUUGGAGAUUAUUUUUUUUCCUCAACUCCAGUAGUCUACAACUACAUUGAGCCACAUUCUGGCUUGAUGAAUAGACUGUAACUAGCUAACUCCAUUUGUCUACAACUACAUUGAGCCACAUUCUGCCUUGAUGAAUAGAUUAUAACUAGCCAACUCCAGUAGUCUACAACUACCUUGAGCCACAUUCUGGCUUGAUGAAUAGACUGUAACUAGCCAACUCCAGUACCAGUGGUCUACAACUACAUUGAGCCACAUUCUGGCUUGAUGAAUAGACUGUAACUAGCCAACUCCAGUACCAGUAGUCUACAACUACAUUGAGCCAAAGUCUGGCUUGAUGAAUAGACUGUAGCUAGCCAACUCCAGUACCAGUAGUCUACAACUACAUUGAGCCACAUUCUGGCUUGAUGAAUAGACUGUAACUAGCCAACUCCAGUACCAGGAGUCUACAACUACAUUGAGCCACAGUCUGGCUUGAUGAAUAGACUGUAACUAGCCAACUCCAGUACCAGUAGUCUACAACUACAUUGAGCCACAUUCUGGCUUGAUGAAUAGACUGUAGCUAGCCAACUCCAGUACCAGUAGUCUACAACUACAUUGAGCCACAUUCUGGCUUGAUGAAUAGACUGUAACUAGCCAACUCCAGUACCAGUAGUCUACAACUACAUUGAGCCACAUUCUGGCUUGAUGAAUAGACUGUAGCUAGCCAACUCCAGUACCAGUAGUCUACAACUACAUUGAGCCACUGUCUGGCUUGAUGAACAGACUGUAACUAGCCAACAGCAGACUACCGUUAUUUGAGAAAAUAGUGCCCCUAAAAUAUCUAAUAUUUUUCAACUGCAAUGUUCCUUCUAAUCAAAUCAAGCCUGCUGAAGGCACUUUUAGGGCGGCAUAUUGGGUCAACUUAAUUUACAAAGGCUUAUGAUUUGUGUGUGUUAUGUAGGCUUUGUGGUUGUCAUGAGUGAGGGGUGGCAAAGUCAAGGACCACCACGGACAUCAUAAACUCCAGCAAGUUGGCUGUUUUUUGGGUGUUUACUUGUACAAAUUAAGAAAGAAAAACAAUAACUGGCAAUUAGAAAUUCUUUAUAUUUUUGUGUUUUAAGAGCCCUAAAGAAAUGUUUUUUCCUCCAGUGUGUUUUUGUAUAUUUUUUUCUCUAAUCCAUUUGAUUAGGGCAGUGAUAGAGUUAUCCCAGCUAGAGAAGGAGAGGACCCAUACCAUUGUACAGCCACUUGAAGAUGGUGCAGGCACCAUCACACUUCUGCUCACAGUCAGCGGCACAUUCGGCAGUGAGAUGGCUUCAAACCUGGCCAACUACACACCAAAUGCCCUUGACAAGGACAAAAUUGUCAAUAAAUAUGUAAGCCUUUUCAUCUUAUCAAAUGCAAUUAAAUGAGACACUACACAUUAUCUGGUGACUGACCUGGUGUUUCAAUAAAAUUUUUGUUUUAUUGUUUAACACACAGCUUAGCAUAGCACAAUGUUUUGUCCACCCGUCACAUUGACAAGUCUACCUAUAGAUGACAGGGACCCGUUGACUCAUGUUUUAAAUGUCUUUGAGAGUUUUGAUGGGGAACUCAUUUACAUACUGAAACACAGCUUGUAAUAAAAGUUGACGUGUUAAAAUAUGAAUAGACAAGCCUUUGAAUUAGCAGACUCUUCUAUAAAAAAAACUCACAUCUUCUAUUUAUCCUUUUAAUUAAGUGUUGAAGUAGUCUGUUAUUAUUUUAUCAAAACCUUGAUGAUUAAUAAAAUAAAGACAAUACUAAUUUUUUUUUUACAUUCAUUAAGCUUAGGCUCACUCACUAUUUAUGUUGCAGGGUCUCUUGAACUCAUUCAGGAAUCUCGAUGACAUUGGGCACUUAGAGGUCAAAGGUAACACACACGAACGUUUUUUAAAAAUUGUGUAAGCUCAGCCAAUGGCUAUGUGUCGAAGUCAAACAAGGUGUUCCUCACUCUUGAAUUAAAACACUGAAGUUUAACCUCAUUAUAGUUUUCUUUCCUCUGUGAUGUAAGCUUAAUCGAGACAUGUGAAUGUUAUGGCGAGACAUGGGAAUGUUAUGGCGAGACAUGUGAAUGUUAUGGUAAGACAUGUGAAUGUUAUGGCGAGACAUGUGAAUGUUAUGGCGAGACAUGUGAAUGUUAUGGCGAGACAUGUGAAUGUUAUGGCGAGACAUGUGAAUGUUAUGGAGAGACAUGUGAAUGUUAUGGCGCUGAUUCACAUCCUUAUAUUAUUUGUACCAUUAUAUUGUCACUCUUCUUUGAUAAAUGCUGAUCUUGAGAUUGCAAUGUGUGGGCAAACAUUUCCCGUUUCAGUAUGGAAAGCCCAUAACCUGCAGUCAGCAGACUUUGGGGGUCUCAGUGACCCAUUUUGUGUGCUGGAGCUUGUUAACAACAGAGUACAAACGCAAACAGAAUACAAGACACUUAAUCCUGAGUGGGGCAAGGUUUUUACAUUGUAUGCACCGUUUACAUUGUCCUAAGAGUAAAUAUUAACCCUAGAUACAUGUGCAGAGCAAUACAAUGGUAGAACAUAUAUUUUAACAUUAUUACGACAAAACAUUGUCUGUGUUAUCUAUUUUUAAAAUACAGAACAACUGUGUAGAACAGGUAAAAACACUAUUUGAACAAUAAUCAAAAGUGCUUCAACAUUCAAGUUUGUAGCCACAGUUAUGCUUUUGGUCUAUAGAAGAAGGAUUUAGAAAAGAAUCUAAGAGCUAAUUUUUUUUUUUAUUAUUUAUUUAGGCAUUCUUUUUAUAGCGUUUACCUUACAGCUCUAAGCGCUUUACAAUUAUUAAAAAUAUGUAAACUAUUUAAACUGCUAAAGUAAAAUAAAAAUGAAAAACCAGAGACACUAGAAUAGUAACUACAAUGUGAAAAAUGACUAUAGAAACAGUAGCUUAAACAUUAAAAUGGUUAUAAAAACGAGUACACUUUGGCACGUUUUGGCCUAUUCUACAGGAUCAACCCGAGACAGAAAAUGAUAUACUAUUUUUGUUUGCCAGUUUUCAUUUGCGAAAGGUUUAAAAACAAAAAUUCUUGGACUAUUUCAGCCAGGUUAAAGACAUCCAUUCGGUGUUAGAAGUGACGGUGUACGAUGAGGAUCGUAACAAAAAAGUGGAAUUCUUGGGGAAAUUUGCAAUACCGUUGUUGAAGGUAAGUUGUGUUCCAUGUUGUUUUGUUGGGUUUUUUUUUUUUGUGUAAAAUUAUUGUUUCAAAUGAUUAAUACAAAGGUAGCAAAGUUUUCUAAUAUUAUCAUCAUGUUGCCUCUUGAUUCAGGUGAGAAAUGGAGACAGGCGCUGGUACGCCUUGAAAGACAGGAAGAUGGUUCACAAAACAAAAGGUUCCGUUCAGCUUGAAAUGGAUUUAGUAUUCAAUCAUGUGAGUUUUAACUUUAUAGCUUGUGUAAACGCAUAUUCGAUGCUUGUAAAAGACACACUGAUGACAACCCCUGUCUAUUUAACAUAAUCAAAGACCAUUUAACCCAUAUCAAUAGAAAUAGAAUAGUGUCUCUUAAUAAGUCUUUGAUAGCCGAGACUAAACGUGAACAGACAAAUAUAAGUCUUCUGGGUUUUGGUCCGGGAUUUUCACUGUUAUUCAAGGAUUGUAAAAAACUGUUCGACGUAGUUGCUCUCUGAUAUGCCCGCACGACUUUAUUUAUAGUGAGAGCACAAAUGGCUUUUAAGCUCAAAGUUUGAAUGGUAUCCAUAAAAUGCGCCAAUGUUCACCUGCACCAUUUGAAUAAUUUUGAAGUAGAAGCAAAUACGCCUUUAAAGUUUUGUAUUUGUAUAUUUGUAGAAUGUUCUUCACGUCUAUUAGGCUAGGCAGUGUUUUAAUCACUGGUUAGCUCCGUCAAUUUUACGCGUAAUCCUGAUAUUGUUUAACAUGCUGACAUACGCUAAAUUCUUACAUUGUAUUAGAUACCAGCGUGUACGUGAGCCUGAUACUAGCCGUUAUGUCGUUCUGGUCACACGUUACACAUAGGCUACUGCAAUAAGCUUUUGCCUUUAAAAGACACCGAUGGACUGAUACGAGUAUCAAACUCACGUUUGUAAUAACAUUGUAGUAACUGCCCUGAUUUGAGACCAUACGUUAUGAACGACAGUGCAGUAGUAGCCUAAUUGCUGGACCUACAUGUUAGCCCCCACUGAUUCUGAAUGUAAGUCAGUGAGUCAGUGUACGUGCUACGAGUUAAACCCUUUUGCAUGAAUACUUUGAUAAUUAAACAUUAUUAAAGUAAUAAUUUCAAUUGUCAUGCGUGUAGCAGGUACUGUAUACUGUAUGAUCAGUGCGCAUCUGUAUUGUUAGUUAAGUAUCUUUGUCAUGACCUGUAACUAUAAAGUUAUUUAAUUAGGGUUGACAGGUCUGCUUCCAAAAAAUAUCGGAGGGGGAUGCUAAAUAGUCCAAUUUUUUUUUUUUUAUUCACUGAAGCAAUGUAGGCCUAUUUGUGUUUUAUACUGAGAACUGAUUCAACUGACAGCUGUGACUAAAGAUUAACCAAAUAUUACUCACAUGGUGGUUUAAUUAGAACACAGCAAAAUAGUAUUUACAUAAAACAAUGAUUAUGAAUUAUGUUUAUAAUGCUUCAACGAAACCUUUGGUUUGACAAAUUUGUGCUCUACAUAUUGAGGCUAGCACUCAUUGAAUCUCAAAUAAUGAUACGUUAUUGAGUGUUCCAAGUUCCAAAACAUACCUAUUCAACUAAGAAAAAAAUGUAUAAUAUAAAAAUAAUAGAUAAAUGCGAGUUCAUAAAAAUAGUUAAAUGUCUUGUGAAACAAUUGGGUGUCAUAGUAUGAUUAACAAUUUUUUCGAAGAAUCGAGUUCAAUGGAUAUUUGUUGAAAGACAAACGCGAUUCUCAUAUCCUUAUUCUCUUAGACUGUAAAACUUUAGAUUACGUACCAUUUCGUCAUUCAUAAAGCUUUGAAUUUUAAAAAAUGUCCACUUAUUUUGUGGAAAAAUAAUGUAUUUUUAAUCACUUUGAAAAAAGGCCAUGGCUUAUAGGAGAGCAAAGACAUAGAAAGUUGGUUUAAAAUCACGAUGAACUUUGACAAAGUCUAACCAUAUAUAUUUUUUUUUUUGUAUCCUUGCUACAGAUCAAGGCAGCAGUAAGAACUGUGAAUCCAAAAGAAGAGAAACUCUUGUUGCCAGAGCAAAAGUUUAAAAUAGCAGUGAGUACACAGAUGAUGUAUUUAAUCUUUCGUAACUUUAUUACUAAGCCUUUUUUUUAAACCCGUUUCAACAGUAAGCAUAAGUUAGUAUGUAUUAAGAGCCUGUUUACAUUAAUUAUCUAGCUUUUUUUUUGUUUUGGUAUCCUUAUCUAAUAGACUUAAUAUUUUCUUUCAGGCAAUGAAACAAAACAUCAACAGAGUUUCACAAUUGGUUAGUGUCUUCAUGGACACAGGGCGGUUUAUUCAAAGCUGUUUUGAUUGGCAGUCUCCACCUCGUACAAUAACAGCUUUCAUUGUGAGUCGCAGCAUUUUAUCCACUGUCUCAUAUAAAUCAAGGGAGAAAAACAACAUUUAAGAAUAAGAAUGCCUCUUUAAAAGAACAAUUAUUAGAUAAUCUCUUAGAUAUUAAUAACCUAUAGGCCUACUUGAAUUAUAAAUAAAUGGUAUAUACUUAAUACAGAUUUUAAGUUUAUAUCUACUGAGAUGCAUGAAGUUAAAUUGAAUUGGUGCUUAUAAUGUAUUCAUUAGAAAUAUUUUACAACUUAUUAACAUCUUACUAGUAUAUUUUCUUCAAGAAAUUAAAGAAAAAUAUUAAUGAAAUUAAGGUAAUUAAAUAGAUUGGUUUAUAUUUUUAUUACUGAUUUAUCCUGUUUAAGAUCUAUGUAUUGCUCUCUCUCUCUUUAUAUAUUAAUUAAUUUUGUUAUUUUUCACAUAAUCUUGCAGGUGUAUUUGGUUAUUGUGUGGAAUUUUGAGCUCUACAUGCUUCCAAUUUCUUUGCUCCUAAUAUUUUUGAAAAAUUAUGUGAUAGCUAACAUUGUUGGCACCUUCAAGAAAGAGCCAGUAGAAGAUGUAAGAACCUUUCAAAAUCUACAACAAAUGUUCAUUUUGUGAUCACUGGCCUUAACUCAGAUAAUCAUAUUAUUUAUUUUUUUUUAAAUGUUAACAUAAAUUUUUUUUUGUUUUCAAUAUUUUUUCAUGUACCCUGAAAGAGUUAUUUGUAAUUUGCCAUAAAGUGUAAGAUAAGAUUGUAAGGUACGAAUUGAAAUCAAGGGUAAAAACUGGAAACUUAAGAAUUGAAUCAUUUGUUUUACACUUUUUAUAAAAUUUUCUUCAUGACUCUAAACAUCUAUACUUACUCUACAGGAGUAUGAAGGAGAAGAUGAAGAUGACGAUGAAGAAGAAAAAGAUAAGGUAACAUUUAAAUCACGCUACCAUUACACGGACAGAUUAAAGAAAUGUGGAUUUUGCGCUAGUCUUUCCCUUGUGAUGUUUUUAUUGCUUUAUCACGUCUUCAUGUUUGGCAAUAUCCAAUUCUUGUUCGAGCAAGGAAUAUCUCUGAUAAUAUUUGAAGACAACAAUAAUCUUUUGAAUAAUUAAGUAAAUUAGAAUUUAUAAUCUAAUUAGUAAAACUCAAGAAGUUUUUCAUUUAACAGACAAAAGACCAAAAAAAUGAAGCUCACGUGAUAGGACUAAAUUUUGUGUUGCAACAUAAUGUGCAUUUCAGUAAUAACCCUGAUAAAUGGGAGGGAUUUGGAAAUUGGGGAAGAGGCAAAACUAGAGGCUACAUUCAUCUUGUAUUAUGGUUUUUGAUUAUGUAUACGUUUAGGGAAAGUUUAUUUGAAAAUCAUGCUUCAUCCCCAAAGGCUUGAAUCGCGUUACAAAAUCAACCAUAUUAAAAGAGAAAUGAAAAAUUCUAUAUUAUAUCACAUUGAAAUACAAAACGCAACAUUACAAAAACUAAAUACGAGAAUACUCAUUCUAAUUCUUUCAUCUCUUACAAACAAAAACAACGCAGGCCAAUAUACAUCUAGGAGAUAAUUACCAAUAAUUCCAGAAUUAAUUUUUAGCAUCUCUGUCUGUUCUUUCGUUUUUUUGUGGUUUUUUUUGUUGUUUUUUUUUAAUAUGCAAUGCCAGUUAAAGUAUUAGGUUUGUAAUAAAAUUUUAAACAACAGAUCUGAGUUUCUUCAUCUUGCCACAAAUCAUAUUUUGAUAUCACUUUGAAAGAUCAACAAUAUUUCAUAACUUAGCUGAUGCAUCUCAUAGUUAAAAUUAUAAGAUGCUUUAAUUAAAGCACUUUUACAAAGUUAUUUGAAUCCCAAUUUUUAAUCUCUUUACAAAUAAGAGGGUUUUAUUUAAAUUAAUUUGGAAAAAUUAGAGUGGUAAUGUUUCAUUUUUUUUACUCACCUGUGUUGAGUAGCUAAAAAUAUUCUGUUUUAAAAAUAAAUAUUUGGCUCAUGUGUCAAUAGCAGAUGAAAUAAUCAAUUUCAAAAGAUGCUUCUAUAAUAAAUAUACCAUAGCUAAUUUUCAAGCCUCUGCCCGAUUCUAUCAUGCACCACAGAGUUAGUACAUUGAUGUUUAAUGUUUAGAAUAUUUUAAGUUUUGCAUGGUCUUUUUUUUAUUCCUAAAACUAAAGUAUUUAGUACAGUAUUAAGUAAUGAUUUACCUUCCAGUUAUUUAUACAAAAAAAUCUUUUAAUCUUAUCUCCCAUGAUUUGGAUACUACCUGGUAUUUUAAAUGAACUUCACUAAAUGAACUUUUUAAAUAUAUCCAAAUACUCACUAAACAUUGUUACUUUGAGUCUAACAUAUUAUCCAUUUUUACUUCUUCUAGCCAAAGAAGGUAAAUUUUAAUUUUGAUAAGUGUAACUUCAUAACUUAAUAUCCCAUUCUGAUAUCCAAUUUUUUAAAAUUCAAAACUCUGCUACACUGCUAUAGACCUACGGGUACAUUGAAAUUUUUUUUUUUUUUUUGUAGAGAAUUUUCAGUAGCCGUUUACCUUGUUGAGGCAAUGUUGGUUUUGUUUUUAUAGUAUAUUUGUAUCAUAUAUAGAUUUUUUUUUUUUAAAUUUAAUUUUUUUUUUUUUUUAUUUUAAAAUUUUAAAAAUUGAAUUUUUAUACCAAUUUUUAUUUUUUUGCUAUAGACCUACGGGUACAUUGAAAUUUUUUUUUUUUUUUGUAGAGAAUUUUCAGUAGCCGUUUACCUUGUUGAGGCAAUGUUGGUUUUGUUUUUAUAGUAUAUUUGUAUCAUAUAUAGAUUUUUUUUUUUUAAAUUUAAUUUUGUCUUUUUUUUAAUUUAAAAUUUCAAAAAUUGAAUAUUCAUACCAAUUUUUAUGUUUUCCUUCCAUCAAAGGGCUACAAAUUCAGGAACAAAAAUAUAUUUAAAGCUCAAUAAAACCCAUCCUAUCUUUAUAUAUUUGUAAAAUUGAAGUACAGAUAAAUUAAUUUUUGAACUAACAUUUUAAAUUGUGCUUUUUUCUAGCCAGAGUAUGUAACUGCUUCUGUUAGCUUUUUGUAUAUAAUUAUAAUAAAAAAAGAAAUAGCAUUAUUUUGACGGUAUCAAAAAACUUACUUACUGAAGCCCUUUAGCACGUCUAGGGCAUAGAUUGUGUACAAUAAUUUUCCAUUUAUCUCGGUCCUGUGCUUUCCUUUCUAGGUGUAUCCCAUACUUUGUGUCUGCCUCUAGCUCCAUGCAUUCUUUGGCCCUCCUCUCUUCCUUUUUCCCGUGAAUUCCAUGUUAGGGAUUGUCUGGUGAUGUUAUCUGGGGGUUAAAGAAGAGUGCGCCCUAUUAAAUCCAUAUUUCCCUUUUGAUGUCUUCAGCAAUAGGCUCCUGGUGUGACCUUUCCAGUAAGUCUUUGUUGGUUAUGGUGUUUGACCAUGUGAUGUUCAGAAUCUUUCAAAGGCAAGUGUUUAUUGAGGUAUUUACUUUAUCAGUGACCCUCGCUGUUUUUCUCCAAGUUGCGGCUCCAUAGAGUAGGACUGUUUUGACAUAAUUUGUUUGCAGAGUAAGCUCCUUUGACUCCCAUAUUUUCUUUAGUAACACAAAGGCUGACCGAGCCUUUCCAAUUCCAGCCCUGACAUCAGCUUCGUAUCCACCAUUUAUGUCAAUGAUGCUGCCUAAGUAUGAGAAGGCCUCCACUUCUUCCAGUGCAUUUCCUACCAAAGAGAUAUGCUCUUUGUUAGCUGAGUUUAUCUUCAUGAUUGUUGUCUUGCUUUUAUUUAUAGAGUCCGAGCUGUGCUGAAAUGCAUUUGUUGCUAGUUGUGGGACAGAAGUUCACUGUCAUCUGAAAUUUCUAGUUCAUUCAGUUGUUCCCUGGGUGUCCACGGUAUCCCGUUCCUCUUUUUGUCUGUGAAUUCUUUCAUUAUCCUGUCAAUGGCAGGGCUGAAUAGGAAGGGAGUUAAGAGACAUCCUUGUGUGACUCCUGUUCCAUUUGAAAGGCAUCCGUGAGUCUACCUUCUUGUACCACCCUACAUAUCAUUUCUUCAAAAACUCUUACUGAUCCUGACUAGUUUUCUUGGUACCCCCAUAAAGCUGGAGAAGUUUCCACUAUGUCUGUUGGUCCAGGCUAUCAAAGGCAUUUUCUUUUUCGAUGAAAUUUAGGUACAGCGGGGAAGCUCCAUUCAUUGGACUGUUCUACAAUGAUUCUUAGUGUUGCAAUUUGAUCUGUGCAUGAUCUGUUUCAGCGGAAACAAGCCUGUUGACCUGGUCCCUCAUUCUAUUCAGAAUAUUUCUUUUAAAGACCAUCCUGGUACUGACAGAAGUGUCAUUCCUCUGUAGUUUGCACAGUUGCUGAAUUAUUUGGUAUCUUGAUGAGGUAUCUUUCUUUACAAUCUUUUUUGGAACUCUCUCUUCUUCCCAUAUCUUGUCAAAUAGAGGGUGUAGCGCCAGUCUCUCUGGCUUCUUAUAUCUUCCUGAGAGCUUUCUAAUUAUAUCAUAUCGCUCUGUCACGUUCGCCUUUUAUUCUACUGUUGACACAAGGCUAUCUAUGUAAGCUCUUAUAUUAUUCUUAAUACUAUUCUUUACACUUCCAUUGGCUUCUUUAUAUUUCUCUUGUGGUUUUGUUUUCUCUGCCCUGGUGUGGCUGUUGUUUACUGCAGACUUCAUUUCUUUCAUCUCGUUUAUUUUUUGCAACGUGUCGAGUGAGAGCCAAUCUUUGUGUUGAGUGAGAGCCAAUCUUUGUGUUGAGUGAGAGCCAAUCUUUGUGUUGAGUGAGAGACAAUUUUUGUGUUGAGUUUGAGCCAAUCUUUGUGUUUGUGCUAGACCGGUCCUAAAGUGUCGUUGCCCAUGGAUGUUGCAGUUAUCUUUAUAAUUUGCCAUUGAUGUUCUUUCUUGUCAUCAUCUGUUUGGUCUAGCAGCACCUGGAACUUAUUUAUGUAGAAAACACUGAAUUUCUGUCGUUUUUGCUCGUUUUCAAGACGUUCUAUGUUGUAUAUUUUAGUUGUCUUGCAGCUGGCUCUUCCCAGUUUUUCUUCAGCUUUAGCUGAACUCUUGCCAAAACUAGAUGGUGAUCAGAUGCAACACCAGCUCCUCUGAUAGCUCGUACUUCUUGUACAGACCACCUUCUGAAUUUUGUUGCUAAUACUUAUAUGAUCAGUGUGGUUUUGUUUUCUGUUAUCAGGGGACACCCAAGUUAGCGUGUGUAUAAUACACGUAUGCUGAUAUUCGCUGCCCCCAAUAACGAGAUCAUUUGCUGAGCAAAAGUCUGCCAGUCUUUCGUCGUUUUAAUUUCCCUCUCCUAAAUAUGGCGACCCAUAAUUUCUUCGUAUCCUCUGUUUUCUUAGCAUUGAGAUAUCCCAUUAUGAUAUUUAGAUCUCUACCUGGAAAAUUUUCCAGUAAAUUUUUCCAGUAUGCCUUGUAGUCUAUUUUAGAAAGUUUCUUUUUCAUCCUCCUUAUUACCGUUGGUGGGUGUAUAGCACUGUAUUACAUUCAUAUUUAUUUUCUUCUUCUUUUUUCGGAAGGAAUGUUUCUGUAAUAAUUCUUGAACCAAGGGCUUCCCACCCUAUUAAUGCCCCUUGUGCCAUUCGUGGCAUCAUAAAAUCGACUCAUGCUCUGAGUAUAUUAUUGUUUCUCCCGAGGACAAUGUUGACUGCCAUACUUGUGUUCAUCUUGUUUCACAGAUGCCGAGCAGUGUGAGUUUGAAUGUUCUCGUUUCUGCCACCACUUGGGCUGAUUUCCCUGUUUCAUACAUGGUUUUAACAUUCCACGAGCCUAUGUUUAUUACCUUUGAAAGGAGGGUCCUCGGCUUUGAGGCUUCCAGUAUAACCUUGGUUUGGCAGCAAAGCUUCAUAACUCUUCUUGGGGAAGCAGAGACCUCGCUUAUCAGGACUGGAAUUGUCUUUUUCUUCAUCUUGUUUAAGGUUCAGUAGCAGUUAUUUUUGUUUUUUUACAUGGGAUGUAACUGGCAUCACGCCAACCCCCUCGUUUAGCACCCGGGCUUGGGACUGUCCAUGACGGAGUUGUCAUAAAUGGUGAUGUCAUAUUUAUUAUCCAAACAUGAAAAAAAAAUCUAAAUUUGUUUAUUAAUAAUAUUUUUUUAUCAAAGAUGUCAGCUGUAUGAAUAUUUUAAUAUUUCUAUUCUUUUUAAUUGUAAAGACUGAUCUGAUGUUUUCUCCAUUAGAUACUUUGAGAACAUAUCUCAUCUCAGAUUUAUUUUACUGUCAUCUACUCAAAUAAUUAUGAAAAAUGUUUUACAAGACAAGUAGUCUAUUCAUCAAUCUUAAAAACUACCAAUACUUUAAUAUAUAUUAUUGAUCACUUUACCAGUCAGUAGCGCUUAAAAUUUUAACAAUAUAAAGACAAAAUUAUAUACACCAACAAUUAGCAGAAAGAGUAUGUAUGCUAUAUAGUAUAUAUUUUUAAAAAUCCUAUAUAUAUUGCACUCAAUGACAUGAAGUUUUAUUCAAUGCCACCAAUUAUAAACCAAUGAACCCACAUUAAAGUACCUAAAUAAAUAUCCUCUCUAAAUUUCACCCUUUUACCAUUAAUCAUAAGCUCAUAUAAACUAAUCACUGCUUCCCACUCACUCAAGAAGCUUCAUAACUAAAUUCACUGCCGCCCUUACUAACCCUUUGAAUAUCUUCAUGCAUUUGUAGUUUCUCUGUUUGAUUGUUUAAUUUUUCCGCCUUUUUUUAAAGCCCAUUUUCAUUAAAUUUAAAUUGCUAUGAACAAGGAAACGUUUAUUUCACUUUCACAUUCCAAAAAUAUACCCUCAGAGGCUGGACUAGGAAAAAAUUUCCGUUUUACCACCAGCUUCCGUUCAUUGUCCUUUUUAUUUACAGGAGAGUGGCGUUUUGAGAGAAAUGUUUAUGCUUUUAAUUUGUUUUAUUUUUAUUUAUUUUUUAUUUUGAGUUUAAAAUGGAAGAAAUGUGAACAAGUUCAACAGUAAUUCUGCAACUUGAUGCAUGAAUGACCCUGUUAUUUAAAGAGUAUUAAGUCCUGUCCUGAUUUUAUAUAUUGUAUUUAUGUAUAUAAAUUAUAAAUAAUCAAAAUUACUCAUCGACACACUGAUCAAUAUCCAUGAUAUUGAGAUUUAAAGAUAUAAUUUCCUUUGAAAUUUUUAAUUGUACAAUGUGACCUUUUGUCAUACAUUUCUCAAAACUUUUUACGAAGCCUUUUUUUUCUAUGCUAAUAGCAAGAAGAAAAGAAAAGUAUAGUGGAUCGAUAUCAUGCAAUACAAGAAGUUUGUCUCCAAGUGCAGCAAGGCCUCGACAGUGUAGCUUGUCUUGGUGAGAGAAUAAAAAAGUAAGUUCUAGAGACAUGAUGAGAAGAGUUGCGUUUGUGGAUGAUAAAGCAGUGGAUGUUACUGUUAUUGUUAUUUUAAAAAGAGGAAGGAAUUCUUAUUUCAGGGAGAGUUUAAUACCGGUUACUGGUAUUGUAUUAAAUGUAAAAUUAAUAGCUUAUGAGAGACAGACCUUAUCAAACAGGGGAUCGGCUGAGCUUUUUGUGCCAAGCCUCACACUCACAUGGCCCUAAAAUUUGUGUGUAAUAUACCGGUAAAUCAAAUGUUUCUAAAUUUUGUGUGUAAUAUACCGGUAAAUCAAAACAUUAUAAAUUUCUCUACCCUGUAAUGAAUGAUACUUAUUAUUUAUUUGUGAUAUUUUUAUCACAUUUUUUAAUUUCAAAUUGUUAACUGUAGGAACUUUUUUUUUUUAAAUCAUUCUAGUGUGGGGGUCCUCUUUAGACUUCUGAAAGGAACAUAACAAAGGCAGCUGCUGUUUUUUGAAAAGUGGAGCUGUAAUGCGUCACAUCAUUCUAAAAAAAAAAAAAAAAAAAAACGUUAUUUUUAGCUACACUGUAGGCUACUAAAUUAUUUUUCAAUCAAAUAUUUUUUAAUUUUUUUUAAUUGACAAGGUAAGAGAAAGAAAGGAUGAAGAAGAAAGAAAAGAAAAAAAAGGAGGGUGUGGGGGUAUCAGCUUCAAUCCCUUACAACCUUCUCUUCUUCUUCCUUGUAAUUUGAUUUCUGUUCCUUUUUUGUACCAGCUGCACAGCCCUUGGGUCCACAAGUUUUUCAGAGUACUUAUUUGAUAUGAAAAAACAGCAAUAGUAGGCCUAUAGUAUAAAAAAAGGGCUCUGUUGUUUUUUUUUCACAUUUGGGUUCUUGAGUUGAAUUAGAAAGUCAAGAUUUGAACAUAAAUUAAAUUUAUAUUGAAAUGUAAACAGAACAUUAGAAUUAGAGGAAUAAAAUCUAAUUUAACAAAAAAGGUUGUGUUAUUUUCUUACUUGGGCAAUAUUAUAUUUCAAAAAUACAUCUGUUAGUUUUGUAAAGUUUUUGUAGUCCUUUGCAAUUUUUUACAACCGGUAUUGAUCUUGUUAUCCUAUUAUUCCCAUAUCAAUUUUUUUCUACCAUAUUUCGCAUUUUUUGCAAAAUCACAAAUUUUGGAGUCCUUUAAAUUUUAGCAUACCUCUUUGAUAAACUAAUUUUAUCAUUUCAAUUUCAAAAUCAUUUAUGUUAUUCUUGCUAGCACAUUCAACUGGAGUGUUCCAUGGUUGUCUACCCUUGCAGUUAUAGCUCUAUCUGCUGGCAUUAUUGUCCUCUAUUUCAUUCCACUACGAUAUCUGCUACUGGCUUGGGGUAAGGAGAGGUUUUUAAGACACAUUUUGCUAUUCUGUAUAAGUAUAGAGUAAUAUAACAUUUAUUUGUUUAAAUUUAUUCUGGAUGUCUCAGUUUUUUAACAAUUGUAACAGAAAGAUUUAACCUUCAUUUUCAUUUUAACUUUAUAACUACCCGGUACAUUUUUUUUUUGUUCGCAGGCAUCAACAAAUUUACAAAAAAGUUGCGUAAACCAAAUGCAAUAUCUAACAAUGAGUUGUUAGAUUUCUUAUCCAGAGUACCUUCAGAUAAAGAAUUGGUAAGUAAUUGCUAA